CGCAGCGCACAGGCGGCCGCACAGAUGCCCCCGGACGGGAAUCGUGAAGAAAAAUGGGAUUUUACGAACACACAGCCUGCCUACACACCAUGCGAUACGGACCUGGCGGUGUCCCCUGCAGCGGGCAGCAGCAGCAGCAGCAGCAGGAGGGUUGACCCGGGCGUGGAGCAGCUGACGAUGGAUGAGGAUGGAUACGCGGAGACGUACGUCAGCGCGGUGGAGAGCCCCAACCACUUCUGGCUGCAGGUCGUGCGUGAGAAGUCGCGAGCUCUCGAUCGCCUCGUGGAUGACAUGAAUGCUCACUACGCGCUCUGUCCACCGAGCGAGGAGGAUGAGGUGGUGCCGCGGCCGGGCGACCUGGUGGCGACGGACUUUGUGUAUGAUAACGGCUGGUACCGCGCCCGCGUGCUCACUGUCACCGGAGACCUCGUCACCGUAUACUACCCUGACUUCGGUGACACGGGACAGGUGCUGGCCAGCCGGCUGCGCAAGCUCAGUCGCGCGUUCCUCGUGCUGCCUUUCCAAGCGAUCGAGUGCUACACGGCCCGGCAGAUGGCGCCGGCGGACGGCGGCGAUGCGUGGAGCGAGGCGGCGAUACAGAGGUUUGAGGAGCUAGUGUUCUGCGCUAAGUGGAAGGUUCUGAUGUGCAGCGUGAUGCAGACGGAGGCGGGCCGACCGUACGUGGAGCUGGUGGACACACACGGCAACGCGAACGUCAACAUAGCAGACGAGAUGGUGAGGUCGGGUCAGGCACGGUGGGCUUCUGCCGCCGAUCAUGCUCACGUGGCGCCCUCUGACGACCACUGCAGUCAGGUGACUCCACCUGCAGAAGCAGACGAUUCUGUCAUCAUCAUUGACAACAGCCCAGCCAAAGUUGACGAGGCAGCGGAGGACUCUUCCCAGUCACAUCGAGGAGAAGCCAGUUUGCAGUCGAGUUUCGGUGAAUUCAGCAUGCUACAGAGCACAGGUAUAGAGUCUUCGCCGUACGAUUCUGAGCCGGACGUCGAUGUGACGGAGACGAUAGACAGCACUUCAUCGUUCCUCUCCGCGUCUGACGACGGAAGCAGCACGCACCUCAUCGACUCGACGGUCAGCGUGACGGACGCUUCCAGCUUCGCGUAUGAGUCCAGCGUGCAGGACGCUAGCGCCAUCGCCCCCGGCGACACCGCCGCAAACACGGGGAGUGCCGACGCGAGGAGGAACGGUGGGGGUGACGGCGGCGAUGGGAACAGCGAGCUGGGAGGCAACACGACGAGCGGGGAGUACAGUCUGCUCAGCAGCACCAAGUUCGCCUCCGAGUCGCCACCGGUGACAAGCCCAAACAAGAGAGCAGCAGGUGACAUGGAGAGCACCGUGCUCGUCGCGAGCCCGCCAGGUGGCACCGGUAAGGGUGAGUUUCCGUCAGGGAUCGAGGACAUCAGCAUGAUCCCCGGCAAUGCUGCGUCAUCGUCGAUGAUAGAUGGCAGCACCAUGCAGGACUCGGCGGCGACGAUCAACCCGCUGGAGUUGAAUCAGUUUUCGGCGACGUUCGAGCAGAUUUCUCGCGACGCCGCCGCUGCCGACGACGAAUGAUCGACGCAAAGCGCCACCCUAUUACUGUUCUGUUAGGACUUUCUAAAGAUGAUGCUUAUCAACGAUGUUUAGACAGUUUCGGUUUUCGCAGUGCGCGCGUGAAAAGCCUGUGCACGUUACUGGUUUAGUUUGACCACCCUAGCAACGAUAUCCAAGGGGAUUGUUGGUCAAAGUCGUGUUGCGCAGACGGAUCGGUUGAGUCUCUUGAUAAGAUACGACUAUUUACUGCUUUAUAGAAUGAAUGCAUCAAUGUAAAGAUUUCUUCUGUUUGAAUGUAAUGCGAACAUUCGUUACAAUGAUGAAUUAUAUUAUGAUAGUGUUGUAUUGGAGAUGCUGCUGUAGGUUAAACAUAGUUUAGAUCACCAGCGACGCUACGGUUUACAGAAUUCAGGUUACCGUGAACGUAUUUGUUGAAGUGUAAGUCACAUUUGUAUUUCACAAGACAUUUGUGACCCGCUCCAGCAUAAUACGGACUAAUUCGCAAGUUAUUGUUUUGAGUAAUGAGCACGCACACAUGUCAAUG